AUGUUGGACAUAAAAGUUAAGGAAGAACCGGUGCCUGCAGAUUCACCCGGUGCGCAUGUGACCUUGAAGCAAGACGUGGAGCAAGAAAAUGAAGCAAGAUUCUCGGACUUCAAUCAUGAAGAGGCUCUGAAACUAUCCACACCUCCAUCUAAUCCACUCUUCAUGGAAUGCAUCAAGCCGGAAGAUGUUCCAAAAGCUGUACUGCGAGAGCCUAAUAGCGGGACUUCUACCCCUCACAACCGUUUGGGAGGAAAGACAAUCAUACCUCAGGCAGCUUCUUUGGACGUAGAGAGAGGUCAUGGUGAUGAGAGAGAUAGUGAUGAGGAUUUGGAACCCUCGGCUGAGAAUCAAUCGCAGGGAGAUGCAUUCAAGCUACCAGGCAAUAUCAGAAAAGAUGUCCAUGGUGCGCCUCCGGUUGCUCAGGAAGAGAUAGUAGCACCUUUUCCAGGACAGCUUGGAGGCAAGACUGUCAGGAGCUCAGCAUCGGCACCCCCGGAAAUGCCUGACGAUGAAGAACCCGAACAUUUCCCAUUGAAAGGAAGCUCAGAAACAGGGGUCAUCGAAACUCAAGGUGGGACAUUCGUUCCAUACAGCGAAUUUGGGGGAAAGACGGUGCUCUCUCGGGCCGUCCCAACGGACGUCGAAGCGCAGGAAGAGGACAGCGAAGAAGAUGAAGAUGAUGAGGACGAAGAUGAUGAAGUUGAAGAGGAAGAGGAAGAGGGGCCUCCCGUCGAAAACCCAUCGCAGGACAUUCGAGAAGACUUCCGCGAUAUCUUAGCAGGAGAUCUCGCAUUCAAAGGCACCUUUGCAUUCAACCGCACGUACCCAGAUGCUCCCAAUCCAAUCCUGAAUCUUGAUCAUCUCGGAACUGUUGGUCUGCCCCUGAGCGUACGCGAAGCGGAGGCGAUCAAGUCGCAAGCUGAACAAGCUCCGUUUGGAAAGGGCGAGCGCACUGUCAUCGACAAAACUGUCCGAGACACCUGGGAGAUGGAUGCUAAGCAGGUCCGGUUCGACAGCCCUGCAUGGAACCUCUUUUUGGAUAGGGUCGUUCAAGAAGUGUGUGCGGAGCUGGGUGUCAACAUUGCUGCUAGCAAACCGCGAUGCGAGCUUUACAAACUGCUCCUGUAUGAGACCGAUUCUCAUUUCUUGCCUCAUGUCGAUACAGAGAAAGCCAACGGCAUGUUUGCGACGAUCGUUAUCGUGCUCCCUUCUAAGUUCACCGGUGGUGACGCGCACGUCUCUCAUGGAAGCCUUUCUGCGGUGUACAACACCAGUGUGAAGAGCCUGAUGCAGACGACAGUGCUCGCCUGGUACACGGACGUGAUGCACGAGAUUAAGCCUAUCACUAGCGGGUACCGGCUCGCGCUAUCGUUCAACCUCAUACAUACCACAACGGGGUUGCGCCCUGCACUGUCUACUCAAAUGUCUGUUGUCGAGCCGCUCCGGCACGUCCUCCUGUCAUGGAAGCAGGAUAGAGGCCAGAAGGCGCCGGCGAAGCUGCUGUACCUUUUGACCCACAAAUACUCACAGGCGAAUCUCCGAGGUAGCGCGCUGAAGGGCGCGGAUGCUCACAAAGUUUCGCUCCUCAAUAACCUUGCUCAACAGCUGGGGUUCCACGUUGGCCUCGCGAGCGUUGUGUGCCACGUCACAGGCUAUGCAGAAGAUUACGGGCGCGGCAGCUAUGGGCGCCGCCGAAGCUGGUUUGGGGGCUACGAUGAUGAUGACGAGGAUGACGAGGACGACGUGGACGACGUGGGAAUGGCAGAAGUGGAGGACACAGCUCUCAGCAUCGACCACUUCGUCAACCUGGACGGAGCACCCAUCAGGGACGAGCUUGACUGUGACGACGGCGCAGAAACCAUCCCCGCCAAUCUAGCCGAUAUACUCCAGGCUGGUGACUAUGAUGACCAAGAGUACGAGGGUUAUCUAGGCAACGGUGCUGGUUCACUCGAGCGUUGGUACCGCCGUACCGUCCUCGUAAUCUGGCCGCACUGGGCCAAUAACGACAUUCUCUACGAUGGUGACCUCACUGACGCAUGCGACAUCCUCCACGGGACAGAUUCACGCAAGCCCACACGCGAAGAGACUGAGUUAACCGACUACGUACUUCGCAAUGCAACUAUGGACAAGGGAGCCGUCACGGAGAGUGUCUGCCAUGCUGCAGUUGUCUGGAGAGACGUGUCUAUCUGGGUUCGUGCCGUAAAAGCAUGUGACGCUGAAAGCAGUAUCUCGGCUCUGGGGGACGAAAACGUUUUUCACGCGGUUUUGACGUUCGGCUUGGAUGAAAUCAAGUCCAUCUUGGGGAGUGCUUUAGAGAGGGACCCGAGUAACAUUGCGAGGUUCGGCUUUUUGGAAAGGUUCGAGAAGUGGGUGGCUCAGCAGCAUUCCGCUGAGUUUGUUGCACACAUCAAGAGCUGGAUCACGGAGCAAUACACUAAAGCUGCCCAGUCACUCAAGAAGCCUGAAAAGUAUGAAAAGAGGCUUCUUCUAUCUUUGGCGGAUAAGUUCGGUGGUACUGCAUAUCUGGAAAACAACAUCACGCCCCAGAUCAAGGGGGUAGCCGAUCUUCAAUUCAUUCGCGAGUUUGCUGUGUUCCUGCAUAAGGAGGGCCAAGCCAUAGAAACGGAUGUACGCAGUCGCAUUGUCAAGGACCUCCUAUCCACAGCUAUAUCCAAGCUCAAUCUCUAUCCUCCGAAGACAGCAUCGACCCCGUCGUACUCCUGGGGACAACCCGUCGACCCUUCGAAUUCCAAAACACAUUUAGAACUCGCUCGGGUCUAUGUUAUCUCAUGCCUCGCCACGCAGAACGAUGAUCUGGCGGAGGUAGUCUUUAACAAGCUCACAGAUACAUCUGGCGUGACACCCCAAGUUGCUCAGCAGCGCGUCAAAGAGAUCUGGCUUCCGCUCUUGACAGGUCUGAGUGCCUACGUGAAGUCUCGCUCUCCCAGCCGUCCUAUACCUGGACUAGAGAAACUGAGCAAAGUAGCAAUAGGAGUUUACUUGGAUUCCGCCCGCGCGAACCCAAGAAUCGUGGCCCGUGCAGAUAUAUCUUCAGUCAUUCAGGCUCUCAUUCUCUGCGGUCAACCUCAGCUCGUUGUAUCCUUCGUUGUCCCGAAGAUGGAGGCGUUGCCCCUGGAAGCCUCUGCGCUCCGUGAUUUCUUCGAAGAGCUUCACGCCAAAAGAGAGCAAUUUUCCUUCACGGACCAGCAACGUCAAGAGCUUCAGGCUGUCAUCGUCAAGUUGGUGAAGCGCUACGCCUUAAAGGUCGACUUACCAGUUCAAGCCCCUGCCCCAAAUUACAAUUGGGUAACGUUAAACUACGCAACCGGAGUUGCAGAUGUCUCACAAGUAAUCGCUGCUCUCGAAUGUUGCAUUGCCAUCGGCGUACCAGAAGCCUCCAGCACCAUUCUCGACCGCCUCCUAAGCCCGACUGUGCUGAAAAGCAACUACGUCACCAGCAAUCUGGUACCACUCGUACCGGCUCUGCGCAAGCUGGCUGCCAAAUACAAAACCUCCCUGAGCACCGUUCCUUUCUCUUCUGCGUUCCGCGGAAUCAUGCUCGCAUAUACCGAAAAGGUCCUUGGCCCGCGACCAGCAGACGCCUCGGCGAAACUCAAGGAGUUGCAGAAGUGGACUUGCAAUUGUGGAGAGUGCGCUCCGGUUCGCGCCUUCUUAACGUCGCAGCCAGAGAAAAGCCAGACAUGGCAGCGCAUCGGUGCGCCGAGGCGCAAGCACGUGGAGAACUUCCUGCAGAGAUAUGCAUGGUCGAUCGCCACCUGGGAUACCGUCCGGACGUCGCCGCAAGGCUUAACGGUCUCCAAGAAGGAUGUAAUCUACGAGCCCGUCCGUUGGAUUUCAGACCAGAAGAAAGGCCUGACCCUGCUGAAGGAUAUCAGCAACGACAUGACGCAGCUCAGAGCGAUCCUCACAGAGGACUACGAUAAGAUCAUCGACCUCCUGAAGGCGAAAUCUGGCGCUGCUACAGCACAGUCCAGCAGCAGUAGCAUACCCAAACCCGCUCUCCCAGCUGCCUCGUUACUGGCUCAGAAUGCACAAAGAACCUUGCCGGUGAUGCCGGUGACAUAUAUGGCCGCACUGCCGCCGGCGAUCCCGACUGCGUCUCAAACACUAGUACCGGGGAUGUCAGGUCAACCAGUGCGCUUCCAGGCGGUCUACACGAGCAACGCUCCCCCGCCAGGUACUAUUGCUGCACCACCGGCUGCUGCACCCUCGAUAUCGACAGCGGUCCCUGCGAGGGCCGACGGAGAGCCGCCAAGGAAGAGAAAGAAAACUAACUAUGACCCGAAGGAUGUCAUCGAUCUCACAUAG